AUGAGCAAUUCUGUAGAUGAUUCAGAGAUCGAAACAAAUUACCAUGAAAUUGUCGAUGGAUUCGAUAAGAUGGGCUUGAAACCAGAACUCCUCCGUGGUAUAUACAAUUAUGGUUACGAAAAACCAUCGGCUAUCCAGCAGCGGGCUAUCAAACCCUGCAUUGACGGUCGUGAUGUCAUUGCCCAGGCUCAAUCUGGUACAGGAAAAACAGCCACUUUCGCUAUAAGCAUUUUGCAAAGAGUAGAUGUCAGUUCGAGUGCUCGUCAAGCUCUUGUUUUGGUUCCUACCCGAGAACUUGCCAGACAAAUCCAAACGGUUGUGAAAAGUAUUGGUGCUUAUCUUAAUGUAAAGUGUCAUACAUGUAUUGGUGGCACAAGCACCACUGAAGAUGUAGCUUGUCUUCAACAAGGUCAACAUGUUGUUGUUGGUACACCGGGUCGUGUUUUCGAUAUGAUGAGCCGUGGUAUUCUAACAACAGCUGGCGUCAAAAUUUUUGUACUGGAUGAAGCAGAUCAAAUGUUGGAUCGUGGUUUUGAGGCCCAAAUUAAAGAAAUUUAUCGAUUUCUACCCGAAAAUGCCCAGAUCAUAUUGUUAUCUGCUACUAUGCCAAAGCAAAUACUAUCAAUUGCACGUAGUAUCAUGCAAGAUCCUGUUUUUGAUUCUCAGGUACUUCAUACGAUUGAUUUGGUUACAUAGUACUUGUUUCCAAUAAGUUACAGACUUUUAUCAACAUCUGCCGGCUGACCAGAAAGAAUUAGACACAGGAAACUCUGGCAAUAAAUCGAUAAAGAGCGAUUAAUCGACAAAUAUGUAGGAGAAAAUGGAGAUGUACGCGUAUACAUUGAGG